AUGCGGCGCCUAUAUCGUCAGUUCUUUGAGAAGCAACGUAUCAACGUUUCACGUGAAAUGAUAGUUUCUUUCUUUCGUUAUUUCUUUCUUUCGUUAUUUCUUUCUUUCUUUUUCUUUCUUUUUCUUUCUUUCUUUCUUUCUUUCUUUUACUUUCUUCUUUAUUUCUAUUUUUCUUACUUUCUUGUUUUUUUUCUUGUUUCUUUUUCUUUCUUUCUCAUCUCAUUUUUCUCUCUCUCUCUCAUAUUCUUUAUUCCUCUUUUUCUUUCUUAUUUUUUCUUGUUUCUUUUUCUUUCUUUCUCAUCUCAUUUUCUCUCUCUCUCUCUCAUAUUCUUUAUUCCUCUUUUUCUUUCUUAUUUUUUCUUGUUUCUUUUUCUUUCUUUCUCAUCUCAUUUUCUCUCUCUCAUAUUCUUUAUUUCUCUUUUUCUUUUCUUUUUUUUCUUGCUUUUUUUCUUUCUUUCUCAUCUCAUUUUCUCUCUCUCUCUCAUAUUCUUUAUUCCUUUUUCUUUCUUUUUUUUCUUGUUUCUUUUCUUUUUUUUCUUUCUCAUUUUCUCUCUCUCUCUCUCAUAUUCUUUAUUCCUCUUUUUCUUUCUUAUUUUUUCUUGUUUCUUUUUCUUUCUUUCUCAUCUCAUUUUCUCUCUCUCUCUCUCAUAUUCUUUAUUCCUCUUUUUCUUUCUUAUUUUUUCUUGUUUCUUUUUCUUUCUUUCUCAUCUCAUUUUCUCUCUCUCUCUCUCAUAUUCUUUAUUCCUCUUUUUCUUUCUUAUUUUUUCUUGUUUCUUUUUCUUUCUUUCUCAUCUCAUUUUCUCUCUCUCUCUCUCAUAUUCUUUAACCUCUUUUUCUUUCUUAUUUUUCUUGUUUCGUUUUUCUUUCUUUUCUCAUCUCAUUUUUCUCUCUCUCUCCUAUAUUUUUAUUCCUCUUUUUCUUUCUUAUUUUUCUUGUUUCUUUUUCUUUCUUUCUCAUCUCAUUUUCUCUCUCUCUCUCUCAUAUAUUCUUUAUUCCUCUUUUUUCUUUCUUAUUUUUCUUGUUUCUUUUCUUUCUUUCUCAUCUCUUUUUCUCUCUCUCUCUCUCUCAUAUUCUUUCUUUUUUUUCUCAUUUACAUUCUUUUUCUUUUUUCUUUGUCUUUAUUUUUCUUUCUAA